AUGGUUGACUUUUCACAAGAAAAGAACCAUGAUAUUGCUUCUUCAAGCCGUGUGCUCGAUUUAGAUGAGGAAUACAGUAACGAAGACUCUCCUGAAUACUCCAACAUUUACAUAGACGAGUACAAUCCCAAUGGACUCCGCAAGCCCACCGCCCAUGAGAAACAGACGUUGAGAAGAGUUAUUGUCAAUCUUCCCUGGAAAUGCUAUUUUUUGUGUCUUGCUGAACUCGCUGAGCGAGCUUCGUACUAUUCGGUUCAAGGUAUUUUGUCCAACUUUAUUCAAAGACCUUUACCUCCCGGUUCUACCACAGGUAAGGUUAUGGCUGGUCCAGGAAGUGAAAAUAUUUCUCCGGGAGCUUUGAAUAUGGGUUUACCCACCACACAAGCCAUGACAAACUUGUUGGCUUUCUUGGCGUACCUUCUCCCACUUUAUGGUGGUUACGUUGCCGAUACAAAACUUGGAAAAUUGAAGGCUAUCUGGGUGGGAAUUGCUGCUGGAUUGGUGUCCCAUAUUUUGUUUGUGAUUGCUGCAAUUCCUCAAGUUAUUGACCAGGGACAUGGUAUCGUUCCAUUGGCUUUUGCAAUCAUCACAUUGGCUAUUGGAACUGGGUUUAUCAAGCCUAACUUGUUACCUCUUUUGAUGGACCAGUAUAAGGAACAGCACGAUGUGGUUAAGGUUUUGCCAAGUGGUGAACAUGUUAUAAUUGAUCGAGAAAAGACAUUGGAAAGAAUCACAUUGUACUUUUAUUGGUCCAUCAACAUUGGUGCUUUCUUUCAAUUGGCAACUUCGUACAUUGAAAGAAGAAUUGGUUUCUGGUUUGCGUUUUUCAUUCCUAUUAUCAUUUACCUUAUUUUGCCGGUAGUUUUCUGGUACUUGAAGACGGUGGUUAUUGACACUCCCCCAGAGGGCUCGGUUUUGACCAAUGCUUCCAAAAUUAUUAGAGUCUCUUAUAGGAGAGGAUGGGUCAAGAGACUCAGAAACGGCACCUUUUGGGACUAUGCUGCGCCAACGGAAAUGGAAAAGCGUGGUGAAACCUUCUACAAGGAACAACCCUCGUUCAUCUCCAGAACUUAUAACAAGCUCAGAGGCACCCCAGUGGAAAAACCUCUUCCCAUUACUUGGAACGAUCAAUGGGUUUUAAACGUCAAACAGACUAUUGAUGCCUGUAAGAUAUUCUGUUAUUAUCCAAUCUAUCUUCUCAACGAUAAUGGUCUUGGUUCCGUACAGACGUCCCAGGCUGGUUCCAUGACUCUCAAUGGGGUUCCCAACGAUUUGUUCAACAACUUCAAUCCUUUGACAAUUAUCGUCUUGAUUCCAAUUUUGGACUUGGCAGUUUACCCAGCCUUAAGACGAUUCAAGAUCAAUUUCCGGCCUGUUUACCGUAUAACAUUUGGCUUCUUCGUUGCUUCAAUGGCUCAAGUUGCCGGUGCUGUUCUCCAGCACAAAAUCUACAAAACUUCACCUUGUGGAAACUACGCUACCAAUUGUGAGAAAGGUGUUUCGCCUAUAAGUGCCUGGCAAGAAGUUUCCUUGUACGUUUUGCAAGCAGCUUCUGAAUGUUUUGCAAUGACAACUUCAUACGAAAUUGCCUAUACAAGAGCUCCUCCAAAAAGCAAAGGUUUGGUAAUGGCACUUUGCUUAUUUGCUUCAGCUAUUUCUUCUGCGCUUUCUUUGGCCAUUACCCCAGCUUUAUAUGAUCCUCAUAUCAUCUGGGCAUUCGUUGCUAUGGCCUGUAUUGGUAUUUUCUUUACUAUCUUGUUUUUUAUUCACUUUAGAAAGUUGCACGUUCAAAUGGAAAAAGAACGAAUUUGGAGAGAAACUUUGGACCACGAAGACAGAGUUGCUGCUUUCAAAGCAGCGGAAACAGGCGAGGUGACCACCAACUUUAAUAAUCUUGAAGCAGUGACCUCGUUGAGGGCCCAAGGGAAAUAA